CGAUAUUUGUGUUCGACGCGGCACUACCUAUCGAACGACACGUCUUCCCCGCCGCGCCACAGUCGCCCAGCCAUCGAUUAAUAAUAGUAAUAAUGAUAUUGUUAUUAAUCAUUCCGAUUGAUGUUUUCCGAUAUCGUCUCCCGUAGACCGAUCCGCGCGAUAUUAUUAUUACUAUUAUUAUUUAUUAUUAUUAUUAAUACGGUGCGUUAUUAACAUUAUUAUUAUUAUUAUUAUCGUCGUACGGGUUGCGGAUCACAUGGUUUAAGUUCCACGAUAACGGUUAUCAACGUCUGUCGUGUCCAUUACGGUUGUGUCGCUGCGGUGUCGACGGUGUUGUUGUUGUUCCGUACUGCACAGCACAAAGCCCGAGUUUUGUUAUUGCCGCCGCGUCCGUUCGGAAUAUUCUGCGCGUGCAGCGGCCGUCGCCGUUACGUCCGUCAUCCGGUCAUCGUCGCCGUGUGCACUGCGGAGUGAUUUGCGUCGUCGGCGGUGCGUUCAUCAGUGGCAUCCGUCGUUUGGGGCCGCCGCGGACGGCGUCGUAGCCGCGACGAUCGUCGGCAGUUGUUUACAAGACGGUACUAGUCGGGAGCGACGCGCACACAACAAGUGGCCGACAUCCGGCGCGCGGACCAGAUCCUCUCGUGAAACACGUGCAUGAGGUCUCAAACUGGAAAGAAGUCAUUUCCAUGUAAGGCCCAUUCAAAUUUUUCAUGGUUAAUGUCAAAUUUAAAUGUACACAUGAGUUCUCGUACGGGAGAGAAACCAUAUACGUGUGACAUCUGCUCAAAAUCAUUUACUUUAAAUCAGCAACUCAUUACUCACAUGAGGACUCACACGGGAGAGAAGCCUUUUUCAUGUGAGGUUUGUCUAAAACCUUUCUCUACAAAUGGCAAUUUAAAAAUACACAUGAGGUCUCACACAGGAGAGAAACCUUUUUCGUGUGAUGUUUGCUUAAAAUCGUUUACCCUAAAUCAGCAACUAAUUACUCACAAAAGGUCUCACACUGGAGAGAAGCCAUUUUCUUGUGAUGUCUGUCUAAAAUGUUUUUCUACAAAUGGCAAUUUGAAAGUUCAUAUGAGGUCUCACACAGGAGAAAAGCCAUUUUCAUGUGAGGUGUGUCUAAAAUCAUUUACUCUAAACCAGCAACUAAUUACUCACAUGAAGUCACACACGGGGGAUAAAUCAUUUUCAUGUGAGGUAUGUCUAAAAUCAUUUCCUGUUAACGGUUCAUUAAUCAAACACAUGAGAGUCCACGCAGAUAAGAAGCCAUUUUCUUGUGAUCCAUGUAAAAAAUGUUUUCCCCAAAAUGGCCAGCUUGUAUCACACACAAGAAUUCAGGAGGACCCAAGGAUGCUUGAGGAUAAUGCUAAUUGUAUGAUGUCGACUUACAAAAAGUCCUUUAAUUUAAACAGUAAUAUUUAUUAAUUGACUGUUCAAAACAAUAAAUUGUCUUAAAUAUAAGUUUUUAACAUUUAAUAAAAAUAAUUUUUGAUGCUUAAA